AUGACCCGAUUCGUUGAUAUCGUAAAGAUAUUACUUUGUGAAUUGGAAGAAGUAAUUGUAAUUAUCUAUGGAAAGUUUGAAAUUUUUUUUUAUUUUUUUUCCAGGCUGGAUCCAGAAAUAACGCAAACAUCACCUUCUCCAUCAUCGCAAAGCGGACGGCGGAAAAGUGUAGGAAGUUCACAAUUACGGUCUCCAGUCGUAAAACGACCCACCACGGCUCCCGUCGCACUUCAAGGAUGGUUACAUAAGCAAGGAAGUGAAGGGUUAAUGCUUUGGAAAAAGCGGUGGUUCGUUUUGUCGGAAUAUUGUUUGUUUUAUUACAAGGGACCCGAAGAAGAGAAAUUGCUGGGUUCGAUAUUGUUGCCAUCGUACAAAGUAUCACCCUGCACGGCGGAAGAUAAAGUUUAUCGUAAAUAUGCAUUUAAAGCGGAACAUGCGAACAUGAGGACGUAUUAUUUCGCCGCCGAAACUCGCGAGUUAAUGACCGAGUGGACGAACGCUUUGAGCCUUGCUUCCAUUUUGCAAGAAGGCACCAAAAUGCAAAGUCACGACGUGAAUCUAAAACAAAACAACGAUGAAUUUAAUUUUCGAAUGCAAGGUAAUAAUAAUUCAUACUACGGGCCGGUAACGAUGCAACCAACUAGUCAGGAUAAAAACAUGAAGGAUAGAAGUGGAAACGUUAACGGAUGGGUUCCACAAAAUCCUUGCGGCCCGUAUCAACCGCUGUAUGCCAAUGCUCCUCCUAAACCAAAAAGAUUGAACAGCGAGGGACAGUAUGCCGGUUCGAGCCCAGAAGCUAGUCCAAACAGAAGAGACGAUCCCGAUAACGUUGUCUACGACAGGAGUAGAAGAUUUCAAGAAACUGCCACGCCGGUUCAACACCAAGAUUACAAUUAUCAUCCUUAUUCGUCUCAAUAUUCUCCAGGCUCUGCCCCGAGCACGGAUGGUAAUCGCUCAGUGCCUUAUUCCGGAGCAUAUUCGGGUAGUGGAAUGGGAGACAGAGGUGCCGGAGGAUGGGGUAGCCAUAACAACAGCAACAACCCUUCAGGCCAAGUUGGUCCCGUGAGAAAAGAAAAUCAAAAUAACAACAGGACAGAUUUAUUUAAAAAUGAAAAUUAUUAUCCCGGAAUAUCCCACAAAUCAAGUGAACAAAAUUUUUUAAACUAUGGAAAUUCAAAGGAUUACUCCUCAGCCAAUUAUCAACACUCAAAUCAAUAUUAUCAGAGUUACCAACAACAACCACUACAACAACAACAGCAACAACCUUCUAAAAUACCAUACGAAGGUCAAAAUAGUAUGAAUGUUGUCGGAGUGAAAAGUCGUCAACCUCCAAGACCUCACAGUGCAGAUUUUUUGGACUACGAUGCAAAAAAUUAUUACCCUAAUAAAAAAUAUACGGAAAAAAUAACACCCGGACAAAAGAUAAACGUGAGAAACGAACAAUACAAUUACAACAGGCCCCCGAGGCCUAAAAGCAGUUUGGAAAUAAUGCAUUCCAACGACGGGUAUUAUUGGAGCGAGGAAAGAUACGCGGAAAAAAUGAGACAAUCCGCCAUGUACCUUCAAAAUUCAUUACCUCAAAGGUCUCACCUUUCGGGAGCGAACACUCCCGUGUCGCGACGAUUAGACGAUUCGUUCAAAUAUCAAACGGAUGCGAAAAUUCCGCACGACGAACGCGAAACGCCAAUCGUGUUCAGACAAAAAAGAGUCGAAGACAUAUUGAAAGAUUUAACGAAAUCUCCCUCUCGUCAAAAUCCGAGACGUUGGAGCGAGCAUCAAGAUCGAUCCGAUAAUAAUUUCAUGAGAUCCGCCAGCGCGAGAUUGCCAAAGCAAAGACAACACGACGAAGAAGCCGGAAGUGACGAAAUACAAGCGUACACGGGCGGAGAAGAUUUCAACGAGGGUAGAAAAGAAGAAUCGAUGAAAAGAUUAUUGGAAUGGAAGCAGAGAAUGCUUCAAUCUCCCCUCACGAGAAAAUCCUCGGGUUCUUCCGCGAGGGGCGUUACGCAAAACGAACUUUCGGUGUUUUGUAAACAACAACAAGUGUUGAAAGAUUUGGAAAAACGAGAGGAAACGAGAAACAGAGAGGAAUCAUCUUCCAAGAAGAGAAACAAAGGAGAUGAUCGAUCGAAUCGAAAUCAAAAUCGAAUUCCUGACGGAAGGAGAUCCGCUCUGCUGUCGGCAGAUCGAUAUUACAGCUACUCGUCCGAUGACGAAGAUGUAGCAUCGAGCUUUGCACAAAUGAAUGGCUGCGGGUAG